CUUCCCUCUUGCAAUCCAAAUAAUUGCCUCCUUUGCCACCAAUUUUCUUUAGCAUUUGUGUUUAUGGGGACCAUACAAAGAAGGAUUUUCCGAUCAUCAUGGCUGCCGAGCUCACGUCAACGAAGCUAAAUGCGGAGAACCAUUUGCUCUUGGAUCAACCCCUCCUACGACUACCUCAUGAGCUUGCGCGAAAGAACUUUAAAUCAGUUCAACGGGUUGUUGAACGGGAAAAAGAAUAUAUCCUCCCCGCACUAAAGGAAGCUCACAGUGCAUCGCUUUCCAAUGACCAAGCAGCAGAUCAGACGCUCGUUGCUCUGGAUGCUAUGAUAUCUCGAAUGCAAGGCCUGAAACGAAAAAUGGAAGGUCUGCACCAGGAGGAGAAGAAGAUCCAUGGCCAGUCAAGGAAGCGUAUACAGCAUCUAGAGAGCCUUCACCAAAUACAUAGUUUGGCUGAUGUGAAGUAUGAUCAGUGGGCGAGAGUCCGGCUAGAUAGACUAGUGGCAGACCAUAUGUUACGAUCUGGAUAUACGGAAAGCGCCCGGCAUUUAGCCCAGGAUAAGGAUAUUGAAGAUCUUGUAGAUCUCAAUGUUUUCAUCCAGUGCCAGCGGAUUGCUGAAAGCUUGCGUCGUGGAGAAACUAAGGACGCCCUGCAAUGGUGCAAUGAGAACAAGGCUGCAUUAAAGAAGAGUCAGCAUAACUUGGAGUUUGAACUCCGUUUGCAGCAAUACAUUGAAAUGGUCAGGACCGGGGACAAGGGAAAGCUUGUUGAAGCUAUGGCACACGCAAAAAAGUUCCUUGCCCCCUACAUCGAAACGCAAUCCACGGAUAUUCAUCGGGCAGCGGGCCUUCUCGCUUUUCCUUGGGACACUAAAGCCGAGCCUUACAAGUCGAUGUAUGCACCCGAUCGGUGGGCAUACCUUUCGGAUCUGUUUGUUCGUACUCACCACGAACUCCUAUCAUUGCCGUCACGCCCCUUGCUACACAUUGCUCUGUCCGCCGGGUUAUCAGCUCUCAAGACACCUUCAUGCCAUUCGGCUUACACGUCUUCGAGUUCCAAUUCUUUGUCUACUACCACAUCGGUCUGUCCCAUAUGCUCGACCGAGUUACAUGAGCUUGCGCGCAACAUGCCAUACGCUCACCAUACCAAGAGCUAUGUUGAGAGUGACCCGAUUGUCCUCCCGAAUGGCCGAAUAUAUGGCCAACAGCGCUUACUAGAAAUGAGUGAAAAAGUCGGGUGCGUUGAAGCCGGCAAGGUCAAGGAUCCUACAACCGGUGAGGUUUUUGAGGAGAGUGAAAUGAAGAAGGUAUAUAUUAUGUAGCCGUAGACAGACAUGCCAUGAACGGUGGAGUCGAUCCUAAUCCUAAACCUUGUUCUUUUCUUUUUCUUU